AUGCUGAGUGACACUUGGGAUGUUGGCACCUUUUUGGUUGAUCUAUUGAGUGUGCUUUCUUUGUUUUCGCCGGCGACGGAUGAGACGCCUAAAGAUAAACGCCAGGUCGGUGCCAAAGACGAAGCGGUAUACCCGAACCAUCGCGCCGACACCACCGAUGCCGAUGACCCGGAAAAUCCGCAGGAAACCAUCUACGGUCCGAAACCAACACAAUUCCUCAUUCGGCCCAUUGCGCCACAUGAUCACCAGCAGCACGAAGAGCAUCAAGCGCCGCAGUUGCGUAAUUAUCCGGCGACAAUAAGGCCGCACGGCACCCAAUUGCUGGAGCAGAGUCAGGAGAUCCAACAUUUUGCCUAUCUGCAAGACAUUAAUCGCAAUCACCCGAAGUCGACAGCUUCCGCUUCAGAAUUAACCGGGAAGCCACGCACCGCACAACAGCAGAAAAAAGGCUCGAAAUCAGGACGUGCUCAUAUAUCACCUUCACAAUAUCGAGGAAAUGCCGAGGAAGCUGAACAGCGUUAUGCGGUCGCCAUUCAACCGCCGAACCCGACAGCCGCGCAAGCGCCUCAUUACGCAGCGCCACCAACACAAAUUGCGCCGCGAUACCAGCAGCUGGGACCACAAUAUCAACAGCCAGGAGCAGGCGCACCCCAGCAGCCAUACCAAAUUAUACCCGAAGAAGAGUUUCUUAAGCUUUUGGAAGAUGAGUUGCGUGCGCGAGCCUUCCAUGAAGCGCAAUACCGUCAGCAACAGGCUGCACAUGCACCUUCUCCCAGUAAAGGGCCACCUUUGCCACUGCCUGCUGAACGUGUAGGUCAAGGUUUAGGCAACUAUCGUCAACAUGCGCAGCCACAGUCACAACCUCCCGUCGAAGAGCCAAUACCCGAAUUUGUACAAUAUGUUCCACGUCACCGCGGUGGCCCCAAAUACCUGCCUCAACCACAACCGCAGCAGCAACCUCAACCGCAACAAGUUGACCCACAAAGUGUUGAUCCAUCAGCCGACGUGCCACCGCCACCACACAUACCGCCGCAACUGGCAUACUACCAACCACAAGUGAGCUAUAAAACAUUGCCAAAUCACCCACUAGCAAAGUCAUCGCUAGAGAAUGAAAUCGAAAAGCUGCUUGCUGCGAAUAAACCUUCACCCAAUCAGCUAGCGGAUAAUUCCAACGAACCAUCUGGCGUAGUACACCAACAUCAACAAGCUCCGCAACAACAGUUGCAGCAACACCCGGAGCCCCGACCACGCCCAUACGCUUUGCAACAGAAAAUUUAUUCCUCACAAAGCGGAUCCCAACCCACACCCACACCACUAGUAGAUGCCAAUAAUCAGCCGUUUAUACCGUCCUUGUUUAGAUUUAGCAAUAUACAACAACCGACGCCGAUUUACCCCACACAAGUGCCGCAACACAUUGUGGACGCCAAGAAAUUGGGUCCAGUGGUAUACCCUCCCACGCAGUCUCCCACGACGGUACAACAGCCACAACCUACACAGUACUUCUACCAGGAACUGAAUCCAACAACUAGACCUAAAGCUCGCUCAAAACACUAUGGCACGAAAGUUUCAACAUCUUCACCAAAGUUACGCGAGAAAGAACCGCCAAAUUACCCGAACGUACCAGCCGCAGCCAAGUAUAUUAACCCGCAACUGUAUUACGACUACGAACGGCAAUCAAAUCCACAAGCUCCCUCCGGACGUUUCCACCCUAGUCCACCCGAUCCCAACGCACCUACCGGAGAACAACGAGUACAGGCACAACCACGUCCACAGCCACUCGCCCAUCCUCAACAGUACUCAGCACCUGCACCAACUCCACAACAAGUGCACACAAACAGGCAAUAUAUCUCAACCGCCCCAGCUCCAUCACAAUCCAGUAUUUAUGUCUCACAAGGCACAGGUAUCGCGACACCCUCACGCAGCACCCCAGUAAAAACGAAGUCUAUCGAAGAUGUGCGCCAACUACAUUUACCUCAACCCGGCGGAAAGCCUCUCACCCAGACCGAGUUCCAGGCGCUGAUCGAUGCUGGCUACCCAGUAACAGCUGUACCAGUACCGGUGCCCGUUCCUUAUGAGCAGUACAUAAAAGAGCAUCCUGAAUUCCGCAAUCAGCCUGUGGACUAUGCGCAGCUCAUGCAACAUAUAGCUCAGCAGUAUGGUCCACGUAGGGGACUGCAAGCUCAAGCCUCGGAGCCGACAGCAAAUGUUAUAGCUUCGUCGCCUGAUGAACAAACGGCAACAGCAGUGGGUGGCGGCAAUAUAACGUACUUACGACCGCUGGCCGACCAGAAACGGCAUCCACGCGACGAGAAGGACACAGCGAUCGCUGGAAAGGCAGAUGAAGCGAAGCAAUAAUCCUUUUAAUAUUGUUUUCCAUUGCUUUAAACUAUCGGCCCGGCUUUUACAAAAUCAAUAUCUAAGUUCCGUCAAGCGCACAACACGAUUUCGAAAUUCGAAGUGCACUCUACAUAAUAUCUCCCAAAAACGCCUCAGUUAACAGGUUCACCCCUGUUCUCCAUUCUUUCAUUUUCCCUGUAUUUAGUUUAACAGUGCUCGUGCAACUUUCCGACUGUACUAAAAUUCGCCGAAGGAAGCAAAGAACAUGCCGAACACACGUGGCCACUUACAGUUAGUAAGUCCCGUUGGCACUACACUGCACAUUUAUUUAUAGUUAAUUAUAUGUAUGUAAUUCUUAAUAUAAUGAAUAUGUAUGUACCUAAAGACACGUCUAUUGCGAACAAACGAGACGAUACGAAGUUUGAAAACCCCAAACGAUUGUAGUGAAUUUAUUAAAAAAAAAAACAUUUAUUGUAUAUAAACAAUGCAUUUUAUGAAAUUGUAAUUCACACAUAUUUCAAUAAUCGUUAUAUAUGCACACAUAUGUAACGCAUUAUAUUGAAAAUGCUGCAGAAACUCUAAACAUAUAUACUUUUAUGUGUAAUUUUUGUAAAUUACUGAUACAAAAGUAGAAUGUAAAAUAUAAAACUGUAUCAUUAUAGCUUA